CCCCCCUUCCCUCCCUCCCCCCGGCCGGCCCGAGCGCCCGGAGAGGCCCGCGGGGCAGGGGAACGAGCGGGCCCCGCGUCCCUCUUCCCCCUCCGAGCGAGUGCCGGGGGUCCCCGCAGCGCCCGCCGGCCCCGAGUGCUGCGGGUGAGCGGCGGGGGAGGCGCCAUGGCCGACCGGGCGCGGGCGGCGCUCUCCGAGUCGGGCUGGUAUCUUUCAGAUGAAGGGAUUGAAGCUUGCUUAACUUCAUCUGAAAAAGUUAAUACGAAUGAUAUUAUCCUAGUUGCCCUUAAUACAGAUUUAAGAACGAUUGGCAAGAAAUUCCUCCCCAGUGACAUCAAUGGUGGAAAGGUGGAAAAGCUGGAAGGGCCAUGUGUCCUGCAAAUACAGAAAAUUCGCAAUGUUGCUGCACCAAAGGAUAAUGAAGAAUCUCAGGCUGCUCCCAGAAUGUUACGUUUACAGAUGACUGAUGGACACACAAGCUGCACAGCUAUAGAAUACAGUAGCAUGUCAAAAAUAAGCCUGAACACUCCACCUGGAACAAAAAUUAAGCUUUCAGGAACUGUUGAAGUGAGAAAUGGAUUCUUGCUGUUGGAUGACAGUAACACAGCAGUUCUUGGAGGUGAAGUGGAGCAUCUUAUAGAAAAGUGGGAAUUACAAAGGAGUUUGGCAAAACACAAUAGGAGUAACAUUGGAACAGAAGGUGGCCCUCCUCCUUUUGUACCUUUUGGGCAGAAAUGUGCAUCUUAUGUGCAAGUGGAUAGCAGAGACCUUGAUCGCAGAAAGACUCUGCAAAUGACAAAUACUGUAAAAACUGUUGCGGACAAUGAUGAGUUUGAAAAGCAGAGAACAGCUGCUAUUGCAGAAGUAGCAAAGAGCAAAGAGACCAAGACAUUUGGAGGAGGUGGUGGUAGUAGCAGAAGCAAUCUCAGUGUGAGUGCUGGAGCGAAUCGAAACAGGGAACUGUUCCAGAAAGAGAAGAUAGCAAAACCAGAGGGGAAGAAUGAAGGUGUCUACCGAGAAUUGGUUGAUGAAAAGGCUCUAAAACACAUAACAGAGAUGGGUUUUAGCAAAGAAGCAGCAAGACAGGCACUUAUGGAUAACAGUAACAGCCUAGAGGCAGCAUUAAAUUUUCUUCUGAACAACAGUAAACAGAAACCCAUUCAGGGACCACCACCUAGAGGUAAGGGGAAAGGCCGAGGCCGAAUAAGACCAGAAGAUGAAGAAGAGCUAGGAAACGCCAGACCAUCUGCACCAAGUACACUGUUUGAUUUCUUGGAAUCCAAAAUGGGUACUCUAACAGUAGAGGAACCAAAAUUGCAGUUUCAGCCAACACAUCAAGUACAGCACAAAGUUAUGAAUACAGAACAGAAUGGCAUCAAAGAGAAUCAUUCAAGACACGUUUCUCGCAAUGACAUGAGACAACCAAGGAAUGAGAAACCCCCUCGUUUUCAAAAGGAUUUUCAGAAUUCCAGGCAGGCUUUGGAAAGUGGUGGGUUACCAAGAAACAGAGGUCCUGAAAGGCAUAGCUCUUUAGAACACUGGACAGAUGAAAAAAAUAAAAGUGACAGACAUUAUCCUAGAAAUGAUAGGUCAAAGGAUUUGGGUUAUCCCAUAACCACUCACCAGAGUGAUAUUACUUUCAAAAAAAGGGAUAACAACAUGCAAAACAGAGUAGGAAAAGGAGUGUCUUUCACAGAAUUCAAGGAAAAUUCUGCUGCUCAAGAUGUGACAGACAACAAUAACCAGAAACGUGGGAAAAGGGAAAACCAAACACACAAUUCUGAAAAUUUUUGUGAUAGGAGGGCACGAACAAUAAGUAGUGAAGCCUUUAUGGUAAAAAGUGAGCAACAUUUUGGUGUUAAUAAUGAUUACCAAAAUCCCAGUAGGACUGAUAAUUUUAGUGCUGUACCAAAUGGAGAUACUGAGCAUCAUCAGAAGGGAAGACGAGUAGGACCUAUCAAAUCAUCAGGACCCACUGCGAUCCCAUCUUUUGAUGACAAAAUGUUGUAUUACAACACCGGUCCCAAAAGGAGAACUGGGCCCAUUAAACCAGAGAAAGUAGUGGAACCAUCGAUUCACAUGGAGUAUGGAAAAAGUUGGAGACCAGGGGAUGAAUGUUUUGCUCUUUAUUGGGAAGACAAUAAGUUCUACCGGGCAGAAAUUGAAGCGCUCCAUUCUUCUGGGACAACUGCAGUGGUUAAAUUCAGUGAUUAUGGAAAUUAUGAGGAGGUGCUUCUCAGCAACAUCAGGCCUGUUCAUGCAGACACAUGGGAGGAGGAAGAAGAAACCUAUGAGCAAACUCUAGAAUUCCGCAGAGGAGGUGAUGGUCAGCCACGGCGGUCCACACGACCCACUCAACAAUUUUAUCAACCCCCCCGAGCUAGAAACUGAUUAAUAAGAAAAGAAAGGUAAAUAUAAGGUAUUGGUGCUUUAUAAACCUUCUUGGAGUCGGGGGGAAUUCACUGGCAGCUCCCAACUUGCUGAACACUUCUUCUAGAAGAAAUUCUGGGGUUUUCCGAGCAGCAGGAUGGAACAAAGAAAGCUCAUGUGAGCAGAAGGAAUUUGGACCUGACACCACAAAAGACUUUUUUAAAGUUCUUAGUUAAAUGAAGCUGAAUACUUUUUACAUAUGAAAGAGGCAAAUUGUCAUUGCUGCCAUCAAUAAAACCACAGUGCACUAUUCUA